AUGGCAGAGCAGCAACAACAGUAUGCCUUCAACAAUGACCCAAGACUACAAUCCGGAUUGACAACUGGGGUGAAUGGUGGUGGUGGACGACCAUUGCAUAUCAUGAUACCAAGGCCUCCAUCAUCACAAGAACCGAACGGAUACGGAAUGACAGCACCUGGAUAUGUACAACAAGGCUAUCCUGCUAAUCCAGUGUAUGGCGGAGGAUAUCCCGGUAGUAGUAAUCGACCACCGCUGCCGCCACGGCAACCACUACCAGCAUCAGAAGGAGGAUGGAAAAUGUCACAGAGACGACCACCGAUGCAUAUGCCAAUGCCUGCACCACAACAACAUCCAUCACGACCACUCAAUCAAAUGUAUCCAUCACAACCACAGCAACCACAACAAUAUCCACCUAUGCCAUCACCAUCUCAUUCAAUGCCAUAUCCUCCACCGCAAAGACCUGAUAUUGCACCUUAUCCAUUACAUCCACCCAUUUCACCACGCUUUCCUCAAACAAUGGAUCAUCAACGACCACCACCAUCACCAUUAGAUCCUGUACCUCCAUUUCAUUCAUAUCCACCACCAGCUACUCCUACGCACACACAUCACCAUCAUCAUCACCACCAUUCAUCAUCAUCACCAAAUUCAAUGUAUCCUCCUCCUCCUUCUACAACUACUUCUGCAGACCACAUGUCACCACAUGGUCAUUCUCAGCCUGAUGCCGAAUUGGUAUCAUCACCAAUCUAUCCACCACCAUCAUCAACAACAACGAUGAAUACACAGACCAUAGUGCGUCCUCCUCCACCACCACCACCUCUACCGCCAAGAAUGCCAAUGCCAAUGCCGACACCAACACCGAGUCGUAAUGGACAUCGUUAUCAAGCAUUCCAGCCACAAGUUGCUUAUCCACCACCUGGUUACUUUCGACCUCCUUCUCAAGAUUUUAUUAGUCGAUUCCGAUCAUCUACUGUACAAUCAUUCCAAUCAUCAGCACCACAACCACAACCACAACCAUCAGUACCACCUACUUCGACUGUAGAACAAGCUGAGGAAGAAUUAGAGGAGGCAUUGAAGAGCACUUUGAGACGAUAUGAUAGUGGCAAAUACACAACAUCAUCAUCGGAUACCAGUGAUGAAGAAGAACAAGACGAUGAUGAUGAUACAGCAGCAACAACACCCACUCAAUAUAGCUCCAAAAAGCUACGAGAGAAACCUUUACCACCAACUCCUCCACCAGCAGCUGCUGCAGCUUCACGAUCUACUCCUCCACCACCACCCGUACCAGCUUUGUUGUCAAGUGUAUCAAGAUCCUUUGCUUUGCAAAUGAAGGAAGUUGUUAGUUUAAGACAGCUUUCUUUCAGCAAUGAAUAUCCUAACGCAUUCACUGGGCAGGAGGCUGUGGAUACCAUGUUGGAUAUGUUGCAGGAUCAAUUCCCACAUCAAGAGCACCUACGAGAACAUUGUUUGGCAGUGCUUAAUGCCCUUAUGACAUGCAAACCUUUUGGAUUGAUUGAACCAGUGGACGCAACCAAGAAACUACGCAAGCAUAUCGUAUACGAUUCUCCUGAUGAGACCUAUCGACUAAGAACGGGCAUGACCAUUGGUGUCUUUACGCCACUCACAAAGUGUUACGUGGAUGGAUGCGAACCUGGACAAGGUGGUUGUUAUGCUCCAAGAUGUCCAAACAAGCCUGCUGUACAGGAAACUGAUUUGCUGUCACAAGAACGGCUUAUUCGAAGCAUCUCGAUGCGAUCAUCCAUGAGCCAUGAGGAAGGGGCAAUGACCACGGAUAGUUGGGGCGCACGUAUGGCACCUGAUUUUUAUGAAACGAUUGAUGCUCGUGAACGGGAUCGGCAAGAAGCAAUGAAUGAGAUUAUUCAUGGAGAAGAGCAAUACUUGAAGGAUAUGGAGCUUUUACAGAAUUGCAUUGUGACACCUUUACAGCAAUCCAGCGUCAUUGAUCCAAGUGAAUGGGAGCUAUUUUCACGGGAUGUAUUCAACAAUCACCAAGAGAUUUACGCUUUGAGUAUGGAUUUCUUCAAUGAUUUAUAUGGUGUCUACCACGAGCAUGAGAACGAGUGUCUUCCUGGCAUUGGCAGCAUUCUUUUGGAGCACUUUCAACGCUUUCGAGACCCGUAUGCAUUAUAUGUGCCCAAUGUUCACCUUGCUGAAUACAUUGUUGCCGACCUUAAGCAAGCCAAUACGAAUUUCAAGGACUUUUUGCAGUCUCGGUUGACCGAUCCACAACUUAAUCGGCAUUCUUUUCGCCAUUUCUUGUUACGCCCUGUGAUGCGUAUUGCUCGAUAUCCUUUGCUCUUGCAAGCGUUGAUCAAAAAGACCGAUGAGGAUGAUCCAGAGUAUGAGACGUUGCAAGAAUGUUACAACAUCAUAUCCGAAGUGGCUGCUUUUUGUGAUCAACUUGCUGCUGGUGUGAAAACACGUGUUGAAAUCCUCUUGUUGAACAGCGCACUUACAUGUCGUCAAGGUGAAUCCUAUGAUCUCAAGUUGACGGAUCCGCAACGCAAGAUUUAUUAUCGUGGUGAUUUGCGACGUGAGAAUUCAAAGUUGGAUGUAUUGGAAGUACACGAAAAGUACAUCCACAUGAUCGUAUUUGACCACAUUGUGCUAUUAACCAAGGCACGCAAGACAAGUGACGGCACCCAAUACAAGAUUUGGCGACGACCCAUCCCAUUGCAAAUGUUGCAUAUCCAAGGCACCGAUAAUGACUUUUCGCUUCCUACCCAAUACUUGACAACGCUUGGCAGCACAGCACACAACAUCCAUACGAGUCUACGUACAUCGACAGGAUUACGUAGUAGCACCAUCAUGAAUAGCACUACCAUGGUGCGUAAUGCACACAGCGCAUUAUCCUUGGUCCUUACUCACCCAGGUCGUCACGGUGGAUCUUAUGCAUUUGCAUGUGCUGAUGAAGCUGAAAAGUUACAGUGGCUGCAUGCAUUGAAACAAGCUCGUUCUGAUAUGAAACUCAAAACGGAUGCGUUUAACGCUAUUAGCCUUGAAAGCACGUUCUUUCGUGAUUAUUCGGCGUCCUCUACGAUGGAAGGAUCUGGCAAGGUGACAUCAUCUGUUCCUUUUGUAUCCGCUGUGGAUGGUGUCAAAAUGCUUGCUAUUGGCACGAGCACAGGUGUCUACUUUAAGCGCUUACCUGAAGGCAGGGCACGCCCUAUUCUCUCCUUGAAGAAUGUGACACAAUUGGAUGUGAUGCAGGCUCAACAAAUAUUACUUGUGCUUGCUGACAAGGUGCUUUAUGCAUACCCCUUGGAUGAGUUGACAAGUACCAAAAAUAGCAAAGCACCCGAUCGGCUCAAGCAAGAAAUCACCGACCCAGUGCAUUUCUUCCAAACAGGUGUUUGCAAUGGGAUGGAAUUAUUGGUGGCUGCUAGACAACGAACCGUAUCGACCAGCUUUGUUGCAUUCAAACCGGAACGGCAUGUUGAUAGUGAUGGAAGCCUCACGACACCCACCUCGUCGUCAUCAUCCCACCACCAUCAUCAUAUUCGGCUGCGGACUAUCAGUCAGCGUCAUUUGUUUAGACAUCACGGGUCGCGUUCAUCUUGGUUUUCUACUUACAAGGAAUUCUCUGUGGGAGCCCAUGCAAUUGAUAUUCAUUUCUUGAAAUCCAAGUUUGCCAUUGUGUGCGACAAGGCGUUUGAGAUCAUUGAUCCAGAGGAUCUAAGCAGCAGUCGCAGUAUUCCCAAUGACCACGAUCCUCAAUUCUACUUUUUACAACAACGCAAGGACAAUUUACGACCACUUGCCAUGUACAGAAUACAAAGCAAGUUUUUGCUAUGCUACAACAAGUUUGCUUUCUAUGUCGACAACCGUCGUCAGGGGCUCAUCCCUCGUGAUCGGAGAUCGGCCUUGUUAUGUGAAUGGGAAUGUUAUCCAGAAGCUGUGGUGUAUCAUCAUCCUUAUAUCAUUGCAUUCGAUCAACGUUUUGUUGAAGUGCGCCAUGUUGAAACGGGAGAUCUUGUUCAAAUGAUACCUGGAAACGACUGUCGUCUCACGUAUUAUGGUAGCAGUGCCGAUGGAGAUGGUUCGGGAAUGACGAUCCAGGGAUGCAUUGUGCAUGCAAAGAACCACCAUUAUCAAGAUGUCUUUUACCUUGAACCUCACAACGUUGAACAACAACAAGGCAACCAUGACGAUGACACCUAG